AUGGUAUCUGUAGCGGAUUUCUAUCAAGUUCUUGAUCUAGGUGACAAAAGAAAUGGACGAGAAAUCACUGCUGCAGAGCUCAAGCAGGCUUACAAGCGUGCUUUACUCAUCCACCAUCCGGACAAGCAGCCGUCUUCCUUGGCAUCACCAGGAGCUUUGGAGGCAACAGUUGAUGUCAUCACGCAAGCAUUCAAGACUCUUGCAGACCCUAUUCUGCGAGCGGAGUAUGACCGCGACCAGAGAUUGCGGGCCGAGGAUGCUGAUGAGCCUUCGGUGAAGAGGGAAACUCGUCAUACUGGUAUGGAGACAGUAGAUCUAGAAGAUCUGGACUUCGAGGAGUCUUCUGAGGCAUGGACAAAGCCUUGCCGUUGUGGAAGCGAACCCGCAUAUAUGGUCACCGAAACCGAGCUGGAGAAGAAUGUCGAGUACGGAGAGCUGAUAAUAGGGUGCAAAGGCUGCAGUCUCUGGUUGAAAGUCUUAUUCAGUGCUGAUGACUGA